UCUUCGUCUUCUUCCUACUCCCCACUAUCGCGGUAAGAGAUCCAAAAGAGUAACGUGUUAAAAUGCAUACUUAGAAUAUUUUUGCUUUGUGACUCAUAUAUAUUUUAAACCUGUGCGAUUAAUUAAAAUAAUAUACAAAAAAAGUUCUAUGUGAUUAUUGAUCAGAAACAGAAAGAAGCGGGAAAUAUUAAAUACGAAAAAUUUCAAGCAGUCGAGAGAAUUAUAACGCGUGACAGGAACUGAAUAUUUUACCAGUGUUAUGUCAGAAGAAGAAAAAUCACAGAAACAUGUGGCAAGAGAAGUCGGCAUUGAGGAAUUGAAACAACUAAGAAACAAAUAUGAAGGAAAAUUGACAGCCUCCCUCUAUGCUGGAGCCCUUCUUAUCGCUGUUAUUGCCUUAAUAUCCGUGCUAGGAAUUCUCUGUAUUGCUAACUAUCAGGAUUUAACUCGAGUGGUUGUUCCUAUAUCGACUUUCACAAUAUUAUUACUCUCUUCAUUGGGUUUACUAUUAGUGACCCAACUGCCAUGCACGUUAAUAUCCGCUAAAGCUAGACUUCUUUUAGGCUUCAUCGCGUCUAUUACUUUAGGUGCUGGAAUUCUAAUCGUUCGUGCUUCGGUACCUCUGUUUGUCGCAGUUCACACAAUGAUCGCAGUGUUACCAAGAGAUAGUCGACAAACACCAACAAUUCUUGCAACUAUGUUAAUUUUUGUUCAUUUAGGCAUACGAUUUGUGUUUCUCGAACAAUCAAGUUACUAUCAAAUAAGUCAGAUAUGCAGCGAGAUCAUUUUUCUAUUUGCUGCAAUUUUGUCGGGUUCGUAUUAUAGCAUACUAACUGCAAAAGCGCAUAAUAGGACGUUCUCUAAAACAAAAACAGUUAUCGAAUCCAGAAUAAAGCUAGAAUGUGAAAGAGAACAACAAGAACAAUUAUUGUUGAGCGUCAUUCCUGCUUAUAUCGCAGCUGAGGUGAAAAGAAGUAUUAUGUUGAAAAUGGCGAAUGCGUGUCAAGAAGUUAGUAAACAUAAACAAACUAGAUUUUAUGAAAUGUACGUGCAGCGACAUAACAAUGUUAGUAUCCUGUAUGCGGACAUUGUUAAUUUUACACCGCUUUCGGAACAAUUGUCAGCUUCAGAUCUAGUAAAAAUAUUGAAUGAACUAUUCGGAAGAUUCGAUCAAAUUGCUCAGGAUAAUCAAUGCAUGAGAAUUAAGAUCCUGGGUGAUUGUUACUACUGCGUUUCAGGAUUACCCAUUUCUCGACCAAAUCAUGCGUACAAUUGUGUGACUAUGGGAUUACAAAUGAUUGAUGCUAUUAAAUUUGUUCGUAAAGCAACGGGAUUUAAUGUGGAUAUGCGAAUAGGAAUACACACCGGAAAUGUGCUAUGCGGUGUACUUGGUUUAAGAAAAUGGCAAUUCGACGUUUGGAGUGACGAUGUUACACUGGCAAAUCAUAUGGAAAGUGGUGGUUUACCGGGGAGAGUACAUAUAACUAAAGCUACCCUGCUUCAACUUGGAAAUCAUUUUGAAGUGGAACCUGGAAAUGGAGGAUCACGAGAAAAUUAUCUUGCCCAACACAAUAUAGAAACUUUCUUAAUAGUGCCUCCAAAGAAAUCCAACCAAGAAAAUCGCGCGGAUGAUAACAGUGAGCGCGAAUACGGUGCUGCUUCCAUACCGUCCAGAUCAAGACCAAGCAGUAAAAUGACAAAAUAUGUUGAAAGUUGGGGCGCUGAUAAACCUUUUGCCAACAUCGCAGAAGCCACACUUGCCAAGAAUAUCGGCCUAACGAGCAUCGCCAUGAUUGAAUCGAAUAUUUUAGUAAAUAAUAAUUUUAAUUGUUUCGUUGAUAUAAGACAAUGGUGUCAAGGCAAUGAAGGUAUGUCAUCCUUCACUUAUCGAUUUUAUGAUCAAAAUCAAGAACUUCAAUAUCGGCAACAGAUUGAUGAACAAUAUCCAUGGUAUCUGUUCGCUUCAACUAUUAUUUAUAGUAUGAUCUUUGCUAUUCAAGUUAUGUAUUUACCAAGGAGCAUUACAGUUUACAGUAGUUUUCUACCUGUUUUGUCAUGUUUAUCCAUUUUUUCCAUAUUAUGUUGGUUAAAUGUUAAAACGAAAAACGAAGGUAACAAUAUUCGAAAUUGGUUAUCUUUGAAUAGGGAAAUCAGGAUAGCAAUAUACUUAAUUACAGUCUUCUUAACGAUUACAUCGUGCAUUCUUAGCCUAUUAUUGAACGAUAUCGAACAGGCAAAUAAAUACGAUAUCAUCGCACCAUUAUAUAUAUAUAGUGCAGUGAUGUGCCUGAUUGCAAGUUGGACGCAUUUACGAAUUGAUUUCUUGCUAAAAUUCAGUGCAAUGUUUUUCUCUAUAAUAACAAUGGUAUUUUUGUUUUCGCUAGCACCAAUCGCUCGAUUAUACAAUGCAAUUGAAGUUGUCGAACAUUAUCACAUUCAUUAUUUACUUCAAAUUUGUUAUUUACUUGCACUUGUUUGCCUCAUGCUCCACAUUUUGGAUAGACAAAUUGAGUAUACUUCGAGAACUGAUUUUUUAUGGCAAAACAAAUUAAAAAUAGAACAGGAUGAAGUUGAAACUAUGAGAGGUAUUAAUAAAAUUCUCCUCGAAAACAUACUACCUGCUCACGUAGCAGAACAUUUUUUAACGAACGUCAGAGCAACUCAGGAUCUUUAUCACGAAAGAUACAACAGUAUUGCCGUGAUGUUUGCAUCUAUUCCAAAUUAUAAGGAGUUCUACGAUGAAACUGAUAUAAAUAAACAGGGAUUGGAAUGUUUGAGGCUUCUAAAUGAAAUUAUAUGUGAUUUUGACAAAUUGUUACUCAAACCGAAGUUUUCUGGAAUCGAAAAAAUUAAAACUAUCGGUAGUACUUACAUGUUAGCUUCUGGUCUUAAUCCAGGAAAAGAAAACACUGAUGAAAAGGAACUUUCAAAACAACAAGAUUAUAACAUCAUCAUUCUCGUCGAAUUUGCUCUUGCUUUGAUGACAAUUUUAGAUCAAAUCAAUAAAGAAUCUUUCCAACAAUUUAAAUUAAGAAUAGGUUUAAAUCAUGGACCUGUGAUAGCAGGUGUUGUUGGAGCACAGAAACCGCAAUACGACAUUUGGGGUAAUACUGUAAAUGUAGCAUCAAGAAUGGAUAGUUGUGGAGAAAUGGGAAAACUUCAAGUUACUGAAAAUACAGCUAAAAUUUUAAUUGCUGCUGGUUACGAAUUAACAUGUCGAGGUCCUAUUUAUGUUAAAGGAAAGGGAACUUUGAUAACAUAUUUCGUGAAAACACCAUAUGACGAAAAAGAAAAAAAUUCUUAAUUUAAACCAAAUAAAAUUUAAAGAUGCAAUGGAACUAAUUGUAGGUCAAAUAAAGUAAGAGCAUAA